ACAUUGUGACGGUUUGACAUAAGAAGUUUUUCUAUGUCAGUUUUCAAAAUAUUAACAUGGAUGGAAUGCAAUAUGCACUGUAAAAUUAAACAAAGAACGCCCACAGAAACGUAUAUCUAUUGUAAAUUACAAUUUUUAAUAGACUUAGAUUAUUGUUAUGUGUAUCGCCUACUUAAUGAUGAUAUUCAACAAUUCAUGACGAAGUGAAACUGUUUUAGUCAGUGUCUAAAAACUAAAAACAAAUCUUCGUUCAUUAUUUAGAGACAUUGAUUGUAAAUUAGUGAUAGCGUAAGGAAAAAUGAGUAAUAAUACUCAUUUAUCCGAUACUGAUGAAAUAAUUUCCGAAACAACAUCGGAAACUGCCCAACUUGUUGCCAAUGAAGAACCAAGUUCCUCAAAUUACACAGAAUUAAAUAAACCCGAUCACGAGGAUUCUGAUGAAAAUGAAUUACAGGGUAGUCAUGGAGUCCGAAGGAGGAAUAUUGUUCAAAAGAUUGAACCAGGCUCAUUGAAUGUGUUAUCAGCUAAAUAUGAAAGCUUAGAUUAUGACACUUGUGAAAAUCAUCUACUCCUAGAUGAAGAACGAAAACGUGGAUAUCCAUUUAUAGUUUGGAAGGAUAUAUUGAGAUGGUUUAUAAUUUUGUUGAUUGGUAUUAUCACAGCGCUGAUAGCAUUUUUCAUUGAUAUUUGCAUUGAAGAAUUCUCAAAUAUCAAAUAUAAAGCCCUCAAGAAAUCUGUUGAUAAAUAUGUCUUGCAAGACAAACUAUACAUUCCAUAUUUAUUAUGGGUUUUAUCGAAUAUAUGUAUAGUGUUUAUUGGAUCAAUGCUAGUUGCAUAUGUUGAGCCAGUGGCAGCAGGAAGUGGCAUACCACAAGUAAAAUGUUACCUGAACGGAGUUAAAGUACCUAGAGUAGUAAGGAUUAAAACCCUUAUUGUAAAAGCCGUAGGUGUCAUAACAGCAGUUGUUGGUGGUCUUGCUGGAGGAAAGGAAGGUCCAAUGAUCCACAGCGGUUCGGUUGUGGCGGCGGGAAUAUCUCAAGGAAAGAGCACGACGUUCAAUAAAGACUUCAAGAUAUUUCAGUAUUUCCGCGAGGAUCACGAGAAGAGGGAUUUCGUUUCCGCUGGAGCGGCGGCUGGGGUUUCCGCUGCUUUUGGAGCCCCUAUAGGCGGUGUGUUAUUUUCAUUAGAAGAAGGCACUAGUUUUUGGAAUCAGGCUCUGACAUGGCGAACGUUUUUUGGGACGGUCGUAUCCACAUUUACUUUGAACUGCGCUUUGUCGGCUUACCACGGCCACCCGGGCGAGCUCAGCUAUCCAGGUCUUUUAAAUCUGGGUAAAAUGGAACCAUUCCCAUUUCAAUUUUACGAGUUGCCAGUAUUUAUGCUCUUCGGUGUGGUCGGAGGCCUUUUGGGGGCCUUGUGGAAUUUUCUCAACUACAAAUUGGCGGUGUUUAGAAUAAGAUACAUAUGCGCCCCGUGGUUGCGGGUUGUGGAGGCGUGUCUGGUGGCUGCGGCGAGCGCGACCUGCGGUUUUCUGAUGAUGUUCUUACUCGACGACUGUCGUCCCCUCGGGGAGGACCCUACAAACGUACCCUUACAGUUAUACUGCGAAGACGGCGAGUACAACGCGCUAGCCGCGAUAUGGUUCCAAACGCCCGAAGCGUCGGUGCGAUCGUUCCUCCACGACCCGAUGGGCUCGUACAAGCCCUGGUCUAUACUAAUGUUCGUCGUAUGCUACUUCCUGCUCUCGACGUGGACGUUCGGUCUGGCCGUUUCAAGCGGCUUGUUCAUACCGAACCUGCUGACCGGCGCCGCAUGGGGAAGAUUGCUCGCUAUAUCCAUACAGUACAUGUUACCUUCCAAGACUAUUAACCCUGCCAAGUACGCGCUUGUCGGCGCGGCCGCUCAACUGGGAGGCGUCGUACGGAUGACGAUAUCAUUAACGGUCAUUAUUAUAGAGACAACGGGACAGAUAUCAAACGCCCUGCCCAUCAUCAUCACGCUGGUCGUGGCCAAAUGGAUAGGCGAUUUCUUCAAUGAAGGUAUCUACGAUAUAUAUAUCCAGCUGGCGGGCGUGCCGCUGUUGCCGUGGGAGCCGCCUCCGUUGGCGCACAACGUGUACGCGUCCGAAGUAAUGUCGCAUCCGGUGUUCACGUUGCGAACGGUCGAGAACGUUGGACACAUCGUCGAGAUACUUAAGCUGGUUUCCUACAACGGGUUCCCGGUCGUUGACCCGCCCCUCGCUGAUGAUUCCGAAGUAACGACAUACAAACGUCUUCGUGGACUGAUACUGCGCUCCCAGUUAAUAGUGCUGUUGCAGAAUAAAAUAUACAAUGAAAACGCGAACACGACGUGGUCGAAUUUCCAGGUGGACAUGGAUAUGUUCAGGAAGGAAUAUCCACGAUUCCCAUCUAUAGAUGAGCUCGAGAUAUUAGAUUGGGAGAAGUCCUGCAUGAUAGACCUCCGACCGUUCAUGAACCCAUCGCCGUACACGUUGCCGCAUCGCGCCUCCCUGCCGCGGCUCUUCAGGCUCUUCAGGGCCCUCGGGUUGCGCCACUUGCCCAUUGUCAACGAUGUCAAUGAGGUUGUUGGUAUAGUCACUCGGAAAGAUAUCGCUCGGUACCGAGUAUGGAGACAUCGAGGACAUAUGGGAAUGGAGGAGUUGGUGCUCUCUAGUGAAAUUUAACUUUUAUUGUUUAGAACACAGAUAUGUAGGUAGCUGUAAUAUCGUAUUACUAUGGACUGCCAUAUCUCCAAAGAAUAAUGAAGUGAUAAAACAUAUUACUGGUGAUGUACUAUUCUCUUAGAAAUUUUCCUAUUUUUUUUGCAUCACAAUGAGUAUUAAAUUUUCUUAAAAGUAUUUUGUUUAAAAUCAUUUUAAUUAAUAAAUAAUGUAAUGAGUUUGAUUAAUUUUUUUUGUAAUUUAGUUUUUAUAAUUUGAUAAACAUGAGAAAACAACUAUAUAUUAUGUACCCCAAAAAAAAACUUUUAGGAAAAUUACUUCAAAACAUUUUUUAGGUAAAACCUGAAGCAAUGUUGCUAAGGGCAUUCCUAUAAACUGUUUUAAAUUUUUGCAUCGCCGUGGAAUUCUAGAGACAGUUCAAGCACUUUAGGUAGGAUUUAGAGUUUUUUUAUUGUAAAUAUUCUUUUUCCUAUACAUUUCAAUUAUUUUCCUUAAUUUUUUGUUGUCUUCUUGUCUUUAUAUUAGGCCUUAUAUUAUACCUUUAUAACAGUUUUGAAAAUUUAUCAUAAUCAAUACAAUUCUUCCUGAGGAUAUAUUUUAUUCAUUUUCUCUCGAUCUCGCUUCACUAGAUCAAAUUAAUUACACUUAAUUACUUACAAUAAAAUUAAAUACUGUUAAUUUUAUUUCAUUUAUUUUUGCGUAUAAAAAUUUUGGAAAACUUAAAUUGGGCUCCUUAGAUUGAUUGUAUUUGUAGAAUUUUGAAACAGAUCGAGAAUUUUGUUUAGAUUACAUUUUAUUUAAAUUUCAAAGAUUGUAGACCUAAUUAAAACUCCUUUUGCAGUUUAACAUAUUAGUUUCAAUUUAUUAUCUCUUAUGUUUCGAAUACUUCAACUAUUGUUCAUCACCAUGAAAACCAUAAAAGUAGUUCUAAUUAAGUCUACAACUUGCAAUUGAAGUUUAGAAUAUAUUUUACAUUUUUUCUCAUAACAAUUUUGAAUCAUUAAAAUGAAAUGUACUUAGAAAAUAUCAAAGUGAAUAUAUUAUUGAAGGUUUAAUUUAUCUUCUUUCUUGGACUUAAUUGUGAUUUUUAAAAUUAGUAAUUUAUUUUUUAAUCAUAUAUUAUCAUAUUUUAACCAUAUACUAUUUUAAGUUUAAUAACAAAAAUCUGUAUAACAUGGUUAAACCUAAAGUGAUAUUUUUUAUAAGAAUAAUAUAUUGACAUGUUUAAGGGAAUAAACUUUGUGAUAUAA